AUGACAGCCGGGACAGUGGUCAUCACUGGUGGAAUCCUUGCUACUGUUAUAUUACUCCUUAUCAUCGCAGUACUGUGCUACUGUCGGCUGCAGUAUUAUUGCUGUAAGAAGGAAGAGUCUGAGUCGGAGGAGGAGGAGCCAGACUUCGCCGUAACAUCCCGCCUCCCGCCAGUUCACUCCAACCACAACAUUGUGGCAGCAAGUGCCGCCGCCUCCUCCAUCCCGAAUGGCCCAGCCCUUUUCUCCACCCCUCCGCUGGCCAGAAAACUGACCCGCUCACAGACCUUCUGUCCAUCGUGUACACACUAUGAGCUGCCUUUCUACCUCCAGCCUCCUCAGCCACAGCUCCACCAUCAACCAGAUGGGUUGAGGAACGGGGGUGAGCGGAUCAGCUAUCGCAGCGUCCAGCAGCAGGAUCUGGACCUGCCAGUGCCUGUGAACAUUUCAAACUACCGCAAACCAAACCUAGCCCGGUCGGUGACCAUGAGGGACAUGUUCACACGCAGCUGUAGCAUCAGCACCGAUGUCUAA